GCCGCUGUCCCCAGCCGGGGCGGAGCGUCCGACUGAGCCGCGGGAGCCGGUGUGCCGGGUCCUCCCCGGGGCUGGGGGAGGGGUGGGACCGGCUCCGGGAAAGUUCGGCUUCACGCGAAGAUUAGAGUUAAAACGGCGAAGUCGCGAACACCGGGCAGGCCUCAGUGAGCUUUGAGGACGUGGCUGUGCACUUCACCCAGGAAGAGUGGGCUUUGCUGGAUCCUUCCCAGAAGAGUCUGUACAGAGAUGUGAUGCAGGAGACCUGCAGGAACCUGGCUGUGAUAGGACACAAAUGGGAAAACCAGAAUAUUGAAGACCAUUAUAAAAGUCCUAGGAGAAAUCUAAGAAGUUACUUGUUACAGACCUGUGAGAAUGAAGGUGGUAAUCAAGAUAGAGAAAACUUGACUUGGAAACCAAAUCUCAGUAUGAGCAUGAAAAGUUCCACUGGACCAACACCAUGUGAUCACACUGUGUGGGGAAAGAGGUCCUGGUAUCUCUCAUCCUCUUAUAGACAUGACAUAUCUCACUCUCAGUGUAGCCCACAUGAACAUGAGGAAUAUGUGAACAAGCAGUGUAAUCCUGAUUCUCUGAUAAGCUUCCAGAGGUACAUGAGAACUCACGUUGUGAAUGGGCCAUGUGAAUGUGAGGUAUGUUUAAAAUAUUUUGGUUUUCCAAAUACACUGGAAAUACAUCAGGAAACUAAUAGUGGAAAAAACCUGUAUCAAUACAAGGAAUGUGGAAAGACCUCUGUUAAUAUUAGUUCACUAUGCACACAUGGAGGAACUCAUGCUGAAGGAAAAUGUUAUGAAUGUAAUCAGUGUGGUAAAGCUUUGAGUUCUUACAGUUCACUUAGAAGGCAUGAGAGAAUUCAUACUGAGAAAAAGCCCUAUAAAUGCAAACAAUGUGGGAAAGCCUUUAGAUACCACAGUUACCUUCACUUACAUGAAAGAAUUCAUACUGGUGAAAAGCCAUAUGAAUGUAAACAAUGUGGGAAAGCAUUUAUAUUUCCUGGUGCCUUGCAGGUACAUGAAAAAAUUCAUACUGGAGAAAAACGUCAUGAAUGUAAACAAUGUGGUAAAGCCUUUAGACGUCAUAGUGAUCUUCAAGUACAUGAAAAAAUUCAUACUGGAGAAAAACCCUAUGUAUGCAAACAAUGUGGUAGAGCUUUUAGACUUAACAGUCAUCGGCAGAGACAUGAGCAAACUCAUACUGAAGACAGACCCUUUAUAUGCAAACAAUGUGGCCGGUCUUUUGAAUGUUACAGUAAUCUUGAGUUACAUGAAAAAAUUCAUACUGGAGACAGACCCUUUGUAUGUACAGAAUGUGGCAAAGCUUUUGGAUGUUACAGUAAUCUACAAUUGCAUGAAAAAAUUCAUACUGGAGACAGACCCUUUGUAUGUAAAGAAUGUGGUAAAGCCUUUAUAUGUCAUGGUCAUCUUCAGAGGCAUGAAACAACCCAUACUGGAGAAAAACCCUAUGGUUGUAAACAGUGUGGUAAAGCCUUCAGUCGGAACAGUCAUCUCCAAAGACAUGAAAGAACUCACAAGUAAAUGUCUACAUGCCCCAGAAAAUAAUGAUUCCGCCAAAGUCCAGCUAGGCAAACCAAUGGUUGUGUUAGGAUUACAUCUAGGAACAUGGACAACUAAUGGACAGCUGCAUUUGCAAAAUGCUACCCCAUCCUAAGUGAUGACUCACAGGAGCUACCAUUCUGGAGAUCUCUGCAAAGAUUUGACAGGCAGCUCAACUGACCAGAAAGUCUCGUCUCUCAGCAGCUGUUUACUGCUUUUGUAACCAAGGAAAAAGCCUUGUAAAUCUUUUAAGGCUUA